AUGCAGCAGCUGUCGGAGCUGGUUUCUGACCUGCAGCGGCGGCUGGCGGCGGGUGACAAGGUCUACCUCCACUGCUGGGGCGGCCGCGGGCGCGCCGGCACCGUGGGCGCCUGCCUGCUGGCGCAGAUGUACGGGCUGUCUGCUGACGAGGCGCUGGAGCGCGUGCAGCGCGCCUUUGACACGCGGCGCGACAACGAGCGGCUCUCCCCAGAGACCGACGAGCAGCGGCAGCUCGUGCGCGCGUUUGUGGCGCAGCUCGGACGAUGA